CUCAUUGACUCUUCUCUCAUUCGAGUCCUCUCCUGUAGCACGAUAGGAAGGUAAAAAAGUGAGUUCAGAGGGAGGAAGUAGUACUAGGCAGCAGAUUUAAACAACAAAAAAAAAAUAUUAGACCAAAUAGUAAAUUUACAGUGAAACAAUGCGAUUAAUACUCUUCAUAGUGUCUCUGUGGCUAACUUUGGCACUAACAAGUGGAUUACAGUGCUACAUGUGUAGUUCACAUUAUGAUUCUGACUGCAUUGAAGAGAGAAAUACUACAAAAAUUCUUACUUGUACGGAUUUCAUUUAUGGCAUCAAUCCCAUCACCCUUCGAUGUGUCCGGAUUGUUUCUAUAUCAGACAGCAAUCGUCUGAUUGUCGUGAGAAGAUGCGCCGUUCUGGGCGAUUGCAAAUAUGUGGCCAAGAAUGAUCGUCAAUCCUGCACUGAAUGCAACACAGACUUGUGCAAUAGUGGCAAGUGAAAGUGCAUCUCGUGCCCUCGUGAAUGGGUAUCAGAGAGAGAGAGCGAGAGCAUCAAGUACGGGUGUACUUAAUCUCAAUAAAUUGUUCUUUUUGUCUUUAAGAUUGAAUUCUGUAAAGCAUUUUUUUCGUAAUAUAAAAUCAUGUCCUAAGUUCUUUAAAGAAAAACAAAAAAAUACAUUUUUUUUGCAAUGGG